CAUGCUUUUGCAAUCCACCUUUACCAAAAGCAUUACUCUUUCUAAAAUCCUUACAUCUGUAGAAUCCCGAGCCUGCAAGUUCUAGAAAGGGCUUUUAGUCCCAAAAACUUGUUCUUGGAGGGAAGUAUUUUCUGUGUUCUGAUUAGUUGGUUCAGUUUCAUCGAAUUGAAUUAUGCUGUUCAAGCAAAUAUAAUUACUGGGUUGUCUUUGAUGUUUUCUCGUAUAUGUACUGCUAUGAGGUGUUUGUGCUUAGCCAUGGUAAAGACGGCGCCAGUAAGCUGCAGGGAUCAACACCACGUGAUGAGCUGCUAAUUAGGACAUCGGACUCGUUUUCGGGUUUGCUUUUGUUUGCCAUUGGGUUUCUCUUGUUCAUGGUCGCAUUUGUGAAGGAUAGAGAAUUCCACAGCUUCUUUGCUAGGGGUUGUGUGCUUCUCCAUGUAACAAUGGCUAUUUGGAGAGUUUACUUUGAAAGGAAGGUUGAGGAUCUCGGUCGGGAUUGGCUGAGGCUGGUUGUUGGAGACAUUGUACUCGGGCUUUCGUGGGUUUUCUUUCUUGUUUAUUCAUGGAGGGAGAAGUAUGAUUAGCUUUAGUUGGGAACCUGUGCUGUUGAUGAGCAUGCUAUGUGAAACUUUGAAUUGAAAGAACAUAAAUUUGAAUGCAUUUUAUUCAAAUUUGUUAAGUAGAUUUGAUGUUUUGCAGUGGCGAAAUUAAGAUUUGAUUAAAAACCUGACUCAUUUCAUUGGGUUUUUCAAGAAUCUUCAGCCACUGGAUCCGCUUUGGCAGUUCGCAAGUUAUAUAAGUCAGCGAUAGCUGGAUAUCGUAAAAGGUUUUCUUGUUCUUUUUUGUUCUUUGUUAUGUACUUUGUCACUUUUGUAUCGAUCAGAUUUGCUAUAAAUUUUCUCAGAAGAGCAAUGAAAUAUGUGGGCUUUUGGUGUUCACUCUCAAUCUUGCUUUUGUUUCUUCAGCAUUUUGGCUUUGCUUAAAAGCCAAAAGAAGCUUGGAAAUGAGCUGCUUUUUUCUAUCAUUCAAGCAAAGCCAAACAUGCUCUUAAUCUUCGGCUAGUUUGUGCUUUUUCUUAUGAUGAAGUAAAGAUUGAUAUGUGCUUCAUUCGAUGUAACAAUUGUCAUAGAAGCAAACAAAAUGUUAUUUCUGGAUAUUUGAAUAUGGGAUUACAAUUUUUCUUGUCCCUUUAUAAGUCGAAGUCUUAACCUGACUUCCUGAGCAAGAAUCUUUCAAUGGGCAUAUGGAGCCCUCACAUCUACUCUUUAGAGUAUGGAAAUAAGCUCUAACUGUCCUUAGAGGCAACAGCUUGUUGAGACCAGUCCUUAGAGACACAGAUAUACAAACAAACUGUAAGUUCUCUUCUGCUUUUCUUUAAAUGGGACUCCAAACUCUUAAAUUGCAGUUUCAGAGAGCAAUGCCUCAGAAACUGUAUCUUCACUGCUAAUGAACUGUUUCAUUCAGCAGACUGAUAUACAGCUUCUUGUUUGAGGUUGUUAAAUUUUCAGUCUUAUGCACAUUCCUUCAUGUAUCUGCUCUUAAAAUACAUUUUGUAUUAUUUUAAUUACUUUACCAUUGUCAUGUUUUAUCUAAUCCUCAAACCAAGCAUGCUAAAGGAUUUUGUACUAUAGGUACAAUAUAUUGAAGAAAAGAAAGAUAAUACGAAAACAUAUAGACACUAAUAAUACUUCAUUGAUAAUGGAACACACGUAAAAUUACAUAACAUAAAAGACAGACAGGGACACAAAU